UCAGCUCCCCCAAACCCUAGCCGCUCUGUCACCCUGCCUCAUCUCUCUCUCUUUAUCUCUCACCGCCGGCGUCAAUAUCAACGCCGGCAACCACUUCCUCGCCGUGAACCACCGGUAACGCCACUUCCACCAGCGAUAGCCACAGCCGCCGCCUCUCCGUCAUCUCUUCCUCUCUCCCUCCGUUUGCGGCGUCGACAUCGGCACCGACCACCACCUGUCCGUCUGUCACCCGCCUCCUCUGCAUUUUUGGGCCACUGCCGUUCCACCAUAUCCGAUUCCCCCAUCAGUUCUUCACGCCGCACAGUCGUUGGUCCGACCAUUGGACUUGGCGGCGAAGGACAGUUGAGAGGACUUAGAGGCAGUUGAAAGGGUGUUUGCUACUGGUAUAGCUAGUCAUUCGGUGAGGAUCUUUGUAAUCUCGUCUUCAGUUCGCUGUUGGAUAGGCACACUCUGCGGGGGCACACACACUGAUUCCUCUGUUUGUAUAUGGAAAAGGAAGCCAAGAAGGAAGCUUUCAGGAAGUACCUGGAGUCUAGUGGAGUUCUUGAUGUUCUGACAAAAGGUCUUGUUGCGCUGUAUGAGCAGAAUGAUAAACCUUCUUCAGCUAUAGAGUUCAUUCAGCAAAAGUUGGGCGGUCCAACUAUAUCAGAGUAUGAAAAGCUGCAAGCUGAAAUAUCGGAUUUACAAAUAAAGUAUGAUGAGCUUUUGGCAGCACACCAGGAGAAGUGCAGGGAACUUGAGGAAUUGAAAAAAUCGCACACAGUGGCAUCUUUUGCAGUAACCAUUGGUGAUGAGUCCCCAAAGGAUGACUCAGAGAGUACGAAGUAAUCUUGUCAGAUCUGAAACAAAAUUAGAUCUCAUUUGUGGGAUUAAACAGUGUUCAUAUUGGGGAAAGCAGAGCCAUGGGCACUGUCGUACCCACAAAUUAAUUAAUUAAAAUUUGUAUUGGGAGAGCCCUUCCUGCUAUCUUCCUCUAUGUGUGGACUUCCAUCAUCGUGUCGUUGACUUGUAGAGAGCAUUGCCAUCAUUAAUGUUACAGUUACUUUUUAUCAGUUUGUACUAACUAAUAUAUUAUCUAUCAAUGUAAAAUUCGUUUGAUCCAGUA